CAUAGUUUACAGACCGCUACUAUAGCGAUCAAAAUGUUGAGUCCACUAGACAUAGGCUUCAUUUCAAUAGCAGCCUACACGAUCCUCAUGGGCUACUUUGUAACAAUAUACGAGAAGAAGCUACCUGGGUUCAUAAUAAGAUUCUUCAAAUACGGCAGUUUUGGAUACAAAGGCUCCGACGGUGGUUUCAUACGAAUGAUUGAAGUUCCCAAGGCAUUAUUUAAACAUUACUACGCGUUUUCUUCGGUUUUUAGUGUUUUAACAUUCGGUUACACGAUUUUAGUGUAUGUGUUCCGUCGGCCAGUGGACGAUUUUUGUUUGGCCUUGCUAAAGCUAGUGACUACGACAACUACCCCUACAGUGUCCGCCGGGGCUUGUCUUCUGACGCUCCUCCUAGUGGUCAUCCAGUGCUGCCGAAGAUACCACGAGUCCCACCACCUUCAGGUCUUCUCCAGGAGUGCCAGGAUGAACAUCAGCCACUAUAUGGUAGGGUUCUACCAUUACUUUGGUGUAGUGGUAGCGGCGGUAACAGAAGCGCCUUUGUUUUCGGGCACUCAACACAGCAACAUACUAUGGCUGGACACGAGGACUGUGAUCCUGACCGUGCCCUGUGUGGCGGUCUUCGCCUGGGCAUGGCAUGAGCAGUACCAGAGUAAUGUCAUACUAGCGAGCUUGAGGAGAGACAAGAAGUCAGGACAGGUGGUCACAGAAGAGUAUAAGAUACCUCAUGGGCGACUCUUCAACUACGUCUCCAGUCCGCACAGAUUCUGUGAAAUUGUGAUCUACGUUGUGCUUCUAACUAUAAUGCCUACUAAGACUUUCCUCAGUAUACUUAUUUGGGUGGUUAGUAAUCAGGUCCUGGGCGCACUUUAUACUCACGAUUGGUAUAAAAACACUUUUAAAAAUUACCCGACAAACAGAAAAGCUAUUUUCCCAGGCUUUUUAUGAUAAGAUGAUGCCCGAGACGCAAAGGGAACGUAAACCGUACAGUUUG